GUCCACACCCAGUUAGUGUGAAGAAAAAUCAGCUUUUAACUUGAUCACCAAAAAGGGCAAUCUGCCUGGUACCCGCCGUUAGUCCAAUGAAGAACGACUACAGAAUCAAUCAUUCAUAAAAUUUCAAACCGCACAAAAAGCAAGAGCAAAAAAAUAAAGAGUAACUGAGCGAUGGCCGAAGCCUGCCCGCGCGCGUCUGACUCCGAGUCGGUCUCGUCGUCCGACAACGAGGAGAACUGGCUCAACAGGCCCAGCGCGCGCGUGGGAGACGACGACGACAAUGACGAUGACGACGACGACGACGACGAACGGGAGGAGGUCUCGGUCGUGUCGCUGUUCGACGACCGCGUCUUCCCCGACGCGCCGUCCAUGCUGGCCUACUGCCGGGACAAGUUCGGCUUCGACUUCGUGGCCGUCCGCGACCGGCUCGCCCUCGAUUUCCACGGCUGCGUGCGGCUGGUGAAUUUCGUGCGGCGGAGUGUGAAGGACGGCGCGGAGCUGCCGGCGGAGAUCGGGGCGGAUCACCUGGCAGAUGACAAGCUGCUGAUUCCGGUGCUGGAGGAUGAUGCAUUGAUUUUCUGUCUCGACGAGCUGCCCGAGCCGCAGCCUGGGGCGGCUGCGGGGGAGGAGAAGGGCAAGGCGGCAGGCGACGGCGACGGCGAAGGGCCGCUGGUGGACGAGCUGCUGCGGAAGAACGCGCAGCUGCAGGCCGAGCUGGAGCGGCUGGCCAAGCAGUUCACCAACUACCGGCUGGCGGUCGAGCAGACGCUGGACAAGCGCUGGGGCGUGGACGAGGAAAACGAGAAGGCCGAGGCCUCCCAGACCGCUGCUGCUCCUGCUGCGGCCGACAAGAAGGACGAGAAGGACGAGUCGGCAUACUACUUCGAGUCGUAUGCCCACAACGACAUCCACGAGACCAUGAUCAAGGACGGGGUGCGCACCGACGCGUACCGCGACUUCAUCUACGGCAACAAGCACCUCUUCGCCGGCAAGACGGUGCUCGACCUCGGCUGCGGCACGGGCAUCCUGUCCAUGUUCUGCGCCAAGGCGGGCGCCGCGCGCGUGCUGGCGGUCGACAACUCGGCCAUCCUGGACCGGGCGCGCGAGAACGUGUUCCGCAACGGGCUCGACGGCACCAUCACGUGCAUCCGCGGCCGCAUCGAGGACGUGGUGCUGCCCGUCGCGCAGGUCGACGUGAUCGUGUCCGAGUGGAUGGGCUACUGCCUGCUGUACGAGGCGAUGCUGCCGUCGGUGCUGUUCGCCCGCGACCGCUACCUCCGCCCGGGGGGGCUGCUCGUGCCCAGCCACGCCAGCAUGUGGCUCGCCCCCGUGGCCGACGCCGAGUACCUGGCCGAGAACGUCGACUGGUGGCGCGACGUCUACGGCUUCGACAUGCGCGCCAUGCAGGCCGGCAUCUACAGCGACGCGCGCAUGACCGUCAUGCCGGCCGACGCCGUGUGCGGCGAGCCCUGCGCGUUCCGGAUGCUGGACCUGCACACGGUCAAGGCCGAGGAUCUGGUGUUCGAGGCCAAGUGGCGGACCGCGCUGUCGGACAAGGCAUCCGAGGCGCUGGACGGCUUCCUGGUGUGGUUCGACAUCUUCUUCGGCGAGAGCCGGCAGGAGGUGGUCGAGGCGACGCUCACGGCGAAGAAGUGGGCAUCUGCCGGGCGGGAGCGCGUGGCCUUUACCACGGGGCCGUUCGGCACCGAGACGCACUGGAGGCAAGGCCUGUUCUUGAUCGACAAGACGAAGGCGAAGGAGGUCGAGGUUGCGCCGGGGAAGACGCUGACGGGCGAGAUUGCCUAUACCAUUCCCGAUGGCCACGCCCGCGGUCUCAACAUCAAGUUGACCUGGGGACUAGAGGGCGGUGACCGGCAGAGCCAGACAUGGCUGCUACACUGAGAGAUUCAGGGUAUCUAUAGAAGACUGCCUGGUGUGGUCGUCUCUAGGUGCCGCCGAUAGAUGGCAGGGCGACUUACGCCUCAAUACGUCCAAUGCUGAGAGAGUUUCGCUCCCGCUUGA